CCGCUCCACACGGCAGCGCAUGCAACGGAGGCUCGCGCACGCCGGCGUCCUCUUAAGCCCGCCGUCGGCAGCACGUCUCUUGCCCACCCACCACCAUACACACAGCAACCAUGUCGUCCUCCUCGUACCCGCAGCGCCCCUUUGGCAAGACCGGCGCAAAAGUCUCAGCGAUCGGCUACGGCGCCAUGGGCCUCAGCGCCUUCUACGGCAAGCCCAAGUCGCAGCAGGAGUGCGACGUCGUCUUUGACCGCCUCGUCCAGCUCGGCAUCAACUUCUGGGACACCUCGGACAUCUACACGUCCACCAGCAAGCUGGGUGAGAACGAGGAGCGCAUCGGCACCUGGUUCGCCAGCAGCGGCAAGCGCGACUCGGUCUUCCUCUGCACUAAGUGGGCCUUCACGCUCGGCGAGGACGGCUCGCGCGGACAGCGCGGCGACGCCGAGUACGCGCAGCAGGCGUGCGACGCCUCGCUGAAGCGCCUGCAGACGGACCGCAUCGACCUCUACUACCACCACCGCCCCAUGAAGGGCCAGAUCAGCGACUCGGCACGCGGCAUGAAGGCCUGCCAGGACGCAGGCAAGAUCCGCUUCGUGGGCGUGAGCGAGUACUCGCUCGAGCAGCUCAAGGAGUUCAACGAGAUCUGCCAUAUCGACGCGUACCAGAUCGAGAUCUCGCCCUGGACGCCGCAGCCGCUCACCAACGGCCUGGUCGAGUGGUGUGUGGCCAACGGCACGGCCAUCGUGCCCUACUCGCCGCUCGGCCGCGGCUUCCUCACGGGCAAGUUCUCAAGCCCCAAGGACUUUGAGGAGGGCGACUUCCGCGGGCAGAACGCCCGCUUCGCCGAGGAUGCUUUUGAGCACAACUUGAAGCUGGUCGACUCGAUCAAGAGCAUCGCCAGCAAGAAGGGCGCCACUCCCGGCCAAAUCUCGCUCGCCUGGCUGCUCGCCAAGGAGCCCACGAUCAUCCCGAUCCCGGGCUCGACCAAGGUGGCCAACAUCGAGGAGAACGCCAAGGCAGCUGAGAUCAAGUUGAGCGCCGAAGAGGUCGCGAGCAUCGACAAGCUCGUGCACGAGUUCAAGUGCGUAGGAGAACGGUACCCUGAGGCCUUUAAGGGCUCGCUCGCUUUCUAGGUGAUGGACGGCUGCAUGAGGUAGAAUCGCACAUCUGUGGUACACCAGCUGCCUGAAUCAGGUAGAUGAGAUUGGCGCAUGCACGCAGCGAGAGCCGUGGGUGGGCUAGAAGUACAGUGG